UUAGUAUUGAGGAUCAAUUAAUUAGGACCGAUGAGAUCGAUUGAUUCUUCGUAUUCCACGCACAUCAGAGAUCUCUUAUUUUUUUAUUGCUCGUAAGCUCGUUCGUUCUGUCUAUAUAAGUAGUUCAGAGACAUCGUAAUUGUAGCGUAAUACAUGGUAAGCAGCGGAUACACGUUCAAGGGAACGGAAGUCGAACAUACACAAUCGGAAUCGGAAGUAAUUCCGGUGACCGAACACUGCGAUGGUAUUGUUAGUCGAUACGCAGAAUAAUAAUUGGUGUUCGGUGCAUUUAUAUGAUCACAAUUGUGGAGUGUCAAUAUCUUCCCAGCGGAAUGGAAGCGUCAGUCGGUGGCUUUACUGUGUGAUAUAACGCUCGUUCUCCAGUGUUUGUUGUGGAUCCAUGCUCGUGACUUCGUUGCCGUUGCAAAGGUAUCAAAUAAAAGCAAAUCGAAUUGCGCCGUUUCAUUCUUCCCAUUUCGCUGUAUUGCUCCGGAACUUAUAACUGCAGCGUGCAUUAAACUUCUUUCAAUUUAUCGUCUCGUAGUUCGAGUCGGUAUUUACGAAAACGGUUCAUCCGAAUCGGUUAGAGUGAAACAAAAUUUGAAUAUGAAUCGGAAAGAUAGGAAGUGUCAUGAUGAAUCAAUGUGAAGCUGUGCAGCGCACGUGAAAGCGGGAUGUGCAUUGUCGCGGAAUUCCUUAAACUGUUUCUAAACAGUUUUGAACUAUUUGAUUGUUUAACGGCAAACGUAGCGUGAUUUAAUAGCGCUUCAUGUAAAGAGUCGAAAGAUCGAUUUUCCUGGUGAUUUAUUGCAGAGCACGGCAUCGUUCCUUGUUUCUUGUUGCCUUCCCGUUUCCUAUUACGUACGAUCUCGGCUGAUUCAGGAAAUGCAUUGUACAGAUGCAUUUCCGUUUGAAUAGCGGAACGUUUCGAGUUUUUCUCCUGUUCUUCUCGUCGGUUGAAAAACGCUGAUUGCUUCGCAAUACAGUACAUCGAAAUGCGUAUGAAAUUCAAUUUAACGUGGUUUUUUCGUUUUCUUCAUUUCGAGGGAAAAUGGGUUGCGCGUCUAGCGGACCGUCGUGCAAGAAGGGCAGUAUUCGAUUGAUGGCCACGAAGCUGGCUUUCACCAAGGGUCAACUGCACAAUCUGAAUACAUAUUUUCGCAGCCUAGUCGACGAAGCACGAAAUGAUUCGUUAAUUACUACUCCCGCGAUCGAAACCACGAUAGAGAGAUUGGUUCAACGUUUGAUGCUUAGCGUUGGUAAUCUCGACCGAAGAUUCUCAUCUAUAUUCCUCGUCUCACUGAACGAGCCUCAGCGAAUAAAGCGACUUAGGUUCGAAUACCUGCUGCGAAUAGAUGCGCUAUCGACUCCGAGCGUGAGCUCGGAGGAAAUCUCUAGGGUGUGCAUCGAGGAAGAUGCUUCGCUACCAGGCUUUAUUCGGUUAAAGGUGCUUGGCGUUGGUGCGGAAGCUUGGCAAGAGUACAUGGAUACUACGGGAAGAUUGAGGAGAGAUCUCGUCAAAUCCAAAUUAGCAAAUUUGUUGGCAACAGCUAUAAAACAAGAUAUCGUGGAUGUACAAGAUGAUAGAGUUCGCGUUUCGCCUGGUCAAGUGGUCGAUGCCGACGUCCUCGACAAAAUACUAAAGCAGCCGCACUACUGUCGGAUAUUCUACGGAUCAGCCAUGUCGGACGGGCCAUUACCAGAGCCGAGAAAUUAUCGAGUGGCUAUGAUCGAAGACGCUGGGGGAAUAUUGCUCAGAAUCGGGCUAGACGGUUUUAAAUCCUGCGAGGCUGAGGUCAGGCUAUUAAUCGGCGUCGGGGUGUCGUCGUGGCCCAGUUUAGCCGACUAUCCCCAACGAAUACCUCUCUACCAUUGUGACGCUCUCCUUCACUACACCGCGGCACAGAGUGGUAUGUACGCGGUGGCCGUUGGUCCGUAUUCCGGUGCGCGUUGCGAGAACCGGGCUACUCUCUGGAGAGUACGUGUUCUGGCAGCCGAGAAAAUUAUGAGUCAACACUAUGCCGUAGACAGCGUACCAGCUCUGACGGAAUCCGUGCUUCUGGAAAUUCUGUACCAACUCCGGGAGGGAUAUUUUUUAAAUUUGCCGAUGAAGUCGAAAGUAACGCGGAAGGGCGGUUCUCCGUUGCAAGAUCAUUUACGAAUAGUUUCGAGACAUAUUCUGAGGACCGUGUACCGAUGGUCCCUGGAAAGGGCAGGACCAGAUCCCUUGACAAGUUGGGCGCCCGAUACUCUUUCGCGUCAUGUUCUAUUAACAUUGGACGAGUUGGUCGCCGCUCUGAAAUACCAAAACCUGAGGUGUUACUUUCAUCCGCGUUGCAAUGUGAUGCUACAAUGCGCAAGAGGUGGAAUAGUACAUCACGAGGACUCUUAUGUCUCCGAUUGUCGACUGUUGGAAUCCUAUUUGGGAACCCUCCAUUAUCAUUCCUUUUCCAUGACGCGAAGUGUACCCAGACCUAUAGACAUUAUGGAGAGCGAGCUCAUUGUCAGAUGGCGAGACAUCGUGGCCUCGUUGCCUAGAGGAACGACUGACGAGGAUUACGGAUACAAUCAGAGACAACUGGAAUAUUUAAAUAUGAUCCUAGAGCAAGUACUGCGUGCAAGGGAUGCCUCGUUACAGGAUCGAUCGGACAGCUAUUAUUACUUAAAUUUUUCGGAAUUAUCGUGUCGCACGACGGAACAAGUAGAGAACCUCGUAUUCCUGUUGAGAUUAGUCUUAACGCAGGCCCGGGACCAAAUUUACGCGAUGGUAAAUCGCAGAACGCGAGUGCGCGAUCGUCGCAGGGAAUCGAAGAAGAGGGAGCAUUGUAACACCACCAGUCAGUUCGAUUAUUCGGUCGGACUUUUGAUUGACGUUAUCAGGAGAGACAGGGAAACCGUCAACACGGACUUGGAAGCUUUUCCAAUAAUGACUAAAAUGCUUUUACAAUGGUUGUACUUCGGUAUGGAGUACGAUCGGAAGGUUCUCGAGCCGAUUUUACGCCCGUAUUUGAACAAUCUUUUCAACAGCCUUCACGAGCACGGUUGGUGCGCGACGUCUUGGAAGAAGAGGCAACAGAUUUACAUUUCCGAGAUGCAAUCUUUGUCCACGUUCUGUAAAUCUGUGAUAACUCAAGAAGUGUCACCAGCCAACGGGAUAGUGGACCGUCUAUCUCAGGGUUGGUGUUGGGCAGAAAAUAUGACCAGGAUGAUCGAACGUUCCGGGAACUGCCUGCGAUUGAUUUUCUUUCUUGGGGACAGAGAAAUCAAAUACAACUUAACGUUCGCGGCAAAUAAAGGAUUAAGCUCGUUCUCUACGUGGAGCAAAGCUAGAACCGUUAACACUAUUGCCAGAAGAAAACGAAUAAAUUCCAGGGCCAGCGAAUUAUACGAUUUUCUUACGAGGUUGCAAGAGACUUCGGGCGGAAAUAGAGGGGUUGCAGGACACAUGGAACUGAGGGACGCCAGCCCUUUGACGUAUGUAGCGUCGAUAAGCAGAUCGCGAUCUAGAAACCGUGGCCCCGGCGAUUUGAUUACUGCCAUGAUCUCCUUGGGCAAGUUCAGGAUUUUACAAGAGGUCGCUGCUCUUUUGCCGCAAGAAGAACAAACAUUUAUGUUGGACAUGGUGCAGCGCGUGGCUAGGGAGUCUUCUCGUUGCUCAAGAAAAGCUAUCUUGACGGACCCAAGUUCACCGAAGGAAAUUUACAGACUGAGAUCGGAACCAGACCUUUUGGAUUCACCUCUACGAUUAUCGCCAGGAGUCCGUGAACGGCGAAUCAUCGCGGAGCAUCAGAAACAGCUCGAAAAGGAGAUGCAAGAGAUGCACGAUACUUUAAGACGCAACGCGUUGAUGAGGCAACGUCCAAGUAACAUUUGGGACACACACUCUGUGUCCUCGUGGAGUUCCUCGAUCGAUUCCAUCGCUGGGACUAUCACUCUGAAAAAAUAUCGCGCACCGAUAUGGGAAGCUAUCAAAGGUCGUUUUACUUAUCUAGCGUUAAAAUGAUUUUAUUUCCGUGUCAAAAAUAUCCGGGUCACCGUCCCCGAGCCAAUUACUUUAUUACGGUUGUCCACAUACAUUUUCAUUUGUCCUCGUACCAUCGUACGAUUGUUUAAUGCGUGGCAACAAUUUACUCGGAGGACGGAGAAUUUCGCUUUUCGUGAACGAACCUGCAAGCUGGGAACGGCGUGCAAACAAUAUGCCGAUCGAUUUUUCAA